AUGUAUUCUAUUUCCUACCUCACGAGGAUUAUUACAGGAUUGCGUUCCGGAUAUAAUGAACUUAAUCCAGCUAAUUUAAACGGCGCAAUUGAUAUUAUAGUCGUUGAGGGAAAAAAUGGUCGUUUCAAAAGUUAUCCAUUUUAUGUCCGCUUUGGCAAAAUGGGAGCAAUUAAUCCGACUGAUAAGCAUGUGGAGAUCUACGUAAAUGGCCGCUCAGUUGAUGAUGUUCACAUGCGGUUGGGAAGCAACGGGCUUGCUUAUUUUGUUAAUGACGUUGAAUCGAUUUACAUUGAGAGUGAUUCUGAAUCUACAGGUCCACUUAUCCGGGCUCGUUCGGUUGAUAGCUUAAAUGAUGAACUUUUGGCUCCUUAUCGGUUUCGACGUAGAUUUAAAAAGUCUCGUAUAGAUACUGCUGUUAACCUUUGCGAACCAAGUAAAGCAAAUAUUUCCUCCGAUUCAAUCAAUCCUUCCGGUUAUCUUUCGGAUGGUGAUAUUGAAACAAUCUGUCAUCAUGCAUCUUUUACUGAUGAUGGUAAUCAAAGCAGUACCUUAGAACCUGUUCAGAAAGAUCUUACUACUGCCCAACCAAGUUCAGGUGUUAAGCCAUCUAACUCGAAUCCUGGAGGUAUUUACUUAGAUGAACUUGUCGCACAAUCUACUGAUCAGAGCAUUCGUAAUACCUAUCUCUACUCAUCCGACUGCAUGAGUCCUCAACCAUAUCAAUCAGAUGGUGGUUAUAGGUCAGAUUGCGAGCAGACUUUUCAGAAACUACAUAUUGACGUGCAAAUGUCUCUAUGCGGUGGCCUUGAUGCUAAUGCUCAAGUUGAUUAUGAACGCUUUUGUGCUCAUAUGGUAACUUUUGAAGAAUUUUCUAAAGAUCCUGCUGGAAUAAUUACUAAUCCAAACCUUGUCCUUGCUUACAAUGAAAAAUUUUACAAUUGGCAGACUGCUGCACCUCUUAUUCUUAGUCGCGCCUGUUUUAAGGCUGAUCUUCCUUAUACUUCACUCCUCAAAUUGGAGGAAAACUUUAUGCCAAAGAAGCAACCACGAAGAAGGCGGGCUUGGUUUACUUGGGGUACUACGGAGCCAUCCGAGCCUCCAGUUGAGCCGGAAAAGACCUAUGUUAAGUCCCCAGUAGAGCCCUCCGUGGUCGAUAAUCCUCCUAUUCCUGGUCCUCCUGACUCUCAUACAGUGAACUCUAAACUCCCUAAAAGAAAUACACCAACAGAGAGGGAGUUAGAAUUAUUCGACCUGCAGCCUGGAGUAAAUGACAUCGAAUUCCGCGUUGUAACUAAGUAUCAAGGGACAGCAGUAUGUCAUGCAAAAAUCUAUCUCUGGAGGUGGGAUGAAAAAAUUGUUAUCUCGGAUGUUGACGGUACCAUAACCAAAUCUGAUUUCCUUGGCCACGUUAUUCCUGCUUUAUUUAACUCUGAUUACGGUCAUGACGGUGUAGCAGAAUUGUACUCAAAAGUUGCGGAAAAUGGCUAUAAAUUUGUUUAUCUUACCUGUCGAGCUGUUAGUCAAGCUGAUACCACAAGAGGUUAUCUUGGACGAGUUUGCCAGUAUGAUAAAUUUCGAUUACCCGAUGGUCCUGUUCUUCUAUCGCCUACAUCUACCCUAGAUGCCCUUCAUCGGGAAAUAAUUGCCAAAACUCCUGAAGUUUUCAAAAUUUCUUGCCUUAAAGAGUUAAGAGAUGUCUUUCCAGCCAAUUCAUGUCCCUUUUAUGCGGCGUUUGGAAAUAGACCUACUGAUGUAAAAUCUUAUAUUGAGUCCGGUUUUGAUCCCGGACGCGUGUUUACAGUGAAUCCCAAUGGUGAGCUGAAAAAUGAACGAAUCCCAUGUGUAAAGAAAUCUUUUGGUGACGUGACAAGUCUUGUUGAUCAUUUUUUCCCCACUAUCGCACCGAAGCCAAUUGAUGUGUGUGGUUCUGAAUCCGAAGAUGAUAGUUCUACUCAAUUCAGUGCCACCAAUAAUGAUGUGGAUAUGACAGUCUUCUCUUCAUUCACGUUUUGGCGUGAUCCUAUACCAAUAGACGAUACUGAUAUUGAUACUGAUAAACAAUCUUUUGAGGAUGUAUUUUCGCGGGCUGCGAAAUUCGUUCCCGAAAUUGUGGAAUCACUUUCAAAUGAGGAUCUCACGUAUCUAUAUGCCAGAUACAAGCAGGCCACUGAGGGUCCUUGCGACAUACCGCAACCGGGAUUUCUUCAGUAUAAAGCUCGAGCAAAAUGGAACGCCUGGAAAGCAUUAGGUGAUCUUUCUGCCGAAGAAGCCAUGAAGCAAUACGUACAGAAGGGCUUAACUCCUCUGCAUUGGGCCGUGGAUAGAGGCUUUCUCGAUAUUACAAAGGCACUUCUUGAAAAUGGUGCUGACAUAAAUGCUCAAGAUGAGGAUUUGCAAACUCCACUUCAUUACUCCUGCUCCUGUCAUUAUCGUGAGAUAACUACCCUCCUCUUGGAUCGAGGUGCCAACACAACACUUCGUGAUGCAGAGGAUGAGGAGCCUUACACCAACUUCCUCAACGAAUAA